UCUGCAUGGGCAGCUAAUGGCCCCAGGCAAACACUUCCUAUGGCCAGAGAUGUGGGCACCCUUGGGAAGCAGCCUGUCAAACGCUUGUGCAAAACCCACAGCAGUCAGUGAGAAGUUCUCUCUAAUUUCAGCAGGCUUUGGAUCAAAUGCUAAAGUGAAAGGAGAUAUACUGGAUGACUAUUCAAAAACAGAUGGUGUUUGGAUACUUACUCGAAACAAACAGCUUUAUAAGACAAAUAAUGAAAGAGAAUGUGCAGACAAAUGUGAAGCUGAAAGAAAUUUUACCUGCAGGGCUUUCCUAUUCACCAGGAAAAUACUACAGUGUUUAACACUGGCUGAAAAUGCUAAAAUGACAGUGACAUUCACCAGCACAGACACAGAUCUUUAUGAGAAGAGAAUUUACCUUAUGCAGUGUAAAAGAGGGAUUGGGACAGACUACAGAGGCACAGAAGCCAAGACUCAGAGGGGUAUUCCAUGCCAGAAGUGGGCAGAAAAAAUACCCCACAAACCAAAUUAUACACCUGAAAAACACCCCAAUGCAGGGUUGGAAGAAAAUUACUGCAGAAACCCUGAUGCAGAUGAAAGUGGACCCUGGUGUUACACAACAGAUCCUGCUACGAGAUUUGAUUACUGUGCCAUCCCAGAGUGUGAGGACCAGGUCACGCACACUGGAGAAGGACCUACAGGGGAGUGCAUGCAGUGUAACGGCGAGGAUUACCGCGGAGAAGUUUCGAGAACAGAGUCUGGUCUGGAGUGCCAGCGCUGGGAUGUCCAGGAGCCUCAUAUGCAUGGAUUUAUCCUGAAGCACUAUCCAGAGAAGGAUCUGAAGAUGAAUUAUUGCCGCAAUCCUGAUGGUGAACUUCGGCCCUGGUGUUUCACUACCAACCCGAAUAAACGCUGGGAAUAUUGCAACAUUCCUCGUUGCACUACACCCCCACCACUCUCUGGCCUAGACUCCCAGUGUCUUUCAGGGAGAGGUGAAGACUAUCGAGGAAGGAUAGCUGUCACCGAAUCGGGAAAUGCCUGUCAACACUGGAACACGCAGUUUCCUCACAAGCAUGGCUGGAUUCCUGACAGAUAUCCCUGCAAGGGCUUAGAGGAAAACUACUGUAGAAACCCUGAUGGAGAGAAGAAGCCUUGGUGCUACACCACCAACAGCAGCAUUAGAUGGGAAUAUUGCACAAUUCCUCCCUGUGACAGGACAGAACAAGGGAUUGCUGAUGUGCCUGUACAAGCUCCCCUAACAGAGGAGUGCUACCAAGGCAAAGGCCAGAGUUAUCGUGGCACAACUUCUGUCACUGUAUCAGGAAAGAAGUGCCAGGCCUGGAGCUCCAUGUUCCCACACAGGCAUAUAAAAACCCCGGACAGAUUCCCGGACGCGGAUUUGAGGGACAACUAUUGUAGAAACCCAGACGGUGACAGCAGCCCGUGGUGUUUCACCACUGACCCCAACACGAUAUGGGAGUACUGCAAUCUCAAGAGGUGUGAUGAUCAUACACAACAGUCUGCACCGAAUGCGUCCCCUGGAAUGAUGGAACGAAACAUUGGCCUGACUACACUCACCACAUCUGGCUCAGAAAUAGUUUCAGAAGCUCAACAUCUCUGCAUGAAGCCUAAGAACUGAGGUAUACACAGCAUUUUAUUUUUCUUAAUUCACACAGUCGACCACCAUAGAAGGUAAAUUGUGUCAGGUAAUAUCUUACUCAUAUUAGCCCAGUGUUGUGAAUACCCCACUCACCUGAAGCAAAGCCUGUAAUAUACUGCCUGGACUUAGAGACUGUAGUCAGUGCGUUCAUUGGUAGAGUCAAAAAUCAUCAGACACAGGCAUUCAUAUCCUGCUAUGCCUGCAUUUCGAGGAACAGCAUUAAAACAGUUAAAUUAUUUUUGUCCAGAUCACACAGGCUGGGGAUGUGGAAAAUUAGGAAAGUUCCAUUUUUGUGUGUGUAAUUGACCUCACGAUGAUCUGGGGAUGUACUCACAUCCAAAACUGGUGGAUCUUCAGAACAAGAGCAUGGCCUGGAUGCUUAGAGACAAGGGGUUUUUUCCCCCCCAAUUCUUUUACUCCAGUAGGUCUAAUAAAGCACUUUCUCUCUCUACAGUCCUUGAGUCAGUCACAUUUUAAAGCCUUUGGAGCUACAAUAUUAUUCCUGCCAGUAUUUUGCUGAUUGCAUGCUUAGUGUCCCUAUUACUAGAGAAGUUA